AUGGCGGACGACCCGGGAGGGUCAGUCGGGCCUAGAUUACCGACCUACAUGGACCCGACGAAUAAAUUCGGUGAGUUGACAUUCCUUCAGCUGACGGGAAAGGAUGGUGUUUCACUUCCGAAAAAUCCCUUCAUCAUCGGGAAAUCGGUGGAAAGCUUUGUCGGUGGACCAAUCGAAAGCGCUAAAUCCGAGGAUCAGGGAAAGAAAUACCUUCUGAAGAUUCGCAACCCUGCCCAGGUUGCCAAGCUGCUAACACUAACCAAGCUGUUCGAUGGAACUGAAGUUGAAGUAGCCCCUCAUCCACACCUGAACGUAAGUCGAUGUGUCAUUUCCUGCUACGACAUUAUCGAAAUGGACGAAAAAGACAUUUUGACUGAAAUGCUGAAGGAAAGCGUUGUCCGUGUGCAGCGAAUCACCAGGAAAGAAGGUGAAAAGAGAGUUAAUACACCCGCGCUGAUCCUAACGUUCUCCAAAACCACGUACCCGGAGUACCUCAAGAUUGGUUUGCUGCGUAUUCCCACCCGGCCAUAUUUCCCGAAUCCUAUGUUGUGCUAUAACUGCUUCAGCUACGGCCACACCCGUGUCCGUUGCCCUGGACCACAACGCUGUUUUAACUGCUCUGGCGAUUAUCACGGAGAAGAGGAGUGCAACGAGGCUUCCCAAUGCAGAAAUUGUAAGGGUGAUCACCGUCCUACCAGUCGACAGUGCCCUGUUUACAAGAAGGAGGUCGAAGUCAUUAAAAUUAAGGUCCGCGAUAACGUGUCUUUCCCAGAGGCUAGGAAGCGUACUGAGCUACAGACAGGUGGUAGCUAUGCCCAAGCGGCAUCGCGAUUUAGCGAAUUUGAAAAAAGAUUGCGGGAACUUGAAGCGACCGUGAAGGCAAAGGACGAGGACAUAGCCAAACUGCGCGAAGAAAUCAAGCAGAAAGACGAAAAAAUUAACAGUGUGAACAAUCCCAACCAACUGCUGAAACAGAAGAUUUCGGAUGAACGAUCGCGCAGCGCAAGCCGUGGAAGUCAACAUCAUAACCAAAGACCAGUACCAGCACAGACGUGGUCGAAUCCGGUCACUCGAUCAAGUAGCCACUCUCCAGCCGUUCAGGAACCGAAGCGAGGCCCUGGCCGCCCCCGAAAGUACGACAAAUCGGUCAUAUCGCCUGACCCUAGCCCGCCCCCGAAGAAAACUGCUGUCACUACACCCGAUCCCAUGAUGAUGGACUGUGUCAGCUAUGAAGUGGAGAUACCGGCCACACCCCCCAGUCACACGAACACGGACAACGAGAUUUAUCGGUUCGGAAGCGGAGAAAGUGUAGUACCCCCUCCGACGCAAGUGCAGCAGGUUGAAGGAGUCGUCCGGGACGUCUUACCCCAACCCGUUGAUGACGAAUUCACCUCUGCAGCCGAUCACACCACCGAAACAUCUACGAUACCGGAAUCCUGGGAUAGACGGCAGGGAGAAGGGAUUGCCCUUCUUUGCCCUGGCCGCCGCCCUACGCAACCAACAAUCAACCCUCUCAUCGAAACCAACAGCCGAGAAACCAGCGAAUCUACAAAAAGUCUUUCCCCAGUGCCGGCUGUUGCCGGUAAUUCUGGAAGUAAUCGUGUGGUGAUGUUGGCAACGGCUGGCACUGUGGGGCAAAGCGUCCCACAGGUCAGUAUUCCUAUUCUCAAUAUUCAAACCGAUACUGCUGCGCCCGUUGUUUCAGGCGACAACACGAAUGUUCCAGUUCUCUCGCCUGGCGAAGGCCCAUCAAGAUCCCGCACGACGUAUAUUAUACAAAGCGCUUCCCCGGUGCCGGCUGUUGUCGGUAUUGGAAAAUCUAGUGUAAUGGUUUCGACAGCGGCUGGCACUGUGGGGCAAAGCGUCUCACAGGCAAGUCUCUCCACGAACCGACUACCAGCAGCGGUUACUGCGGCAUCUCCCUCUUUUUCAGCCGACUCAUCUGCUGGAAGAUCCACCAUCAGUUCCGGUACGAACAGCUCCUCCGGCAGCUGCUUCGCACUCCAAUGGAACCUGCGCGGCCUUAGGGCAAACAUCAGUGAACUGAAGCUCCUCAUCGCCAACCUCGAACCUUACGUCAUUGCACUUCAAGAGACGAAGGUUAAUCAAACGGUCAUACCUCCAAACUUCGUUGGCAGGAACUACACGCUACUGUUGGAGUCAAACAGCACCCAUUACUGGCAACAUGGGGUAGGCCUUGCUAUCCGAGAAGGCAUACCGUUCGAGCGUCAGCAAAUCAACACCUCCCUCCAUCUAGUCGCUGCGCGUAUCUAUGCGCCGGUGCAGGUAACUGUUGUGUCCAUCUACAUUCCGCCUAGUUCAGCCCAAUAUCAAACCGCUUUGAGCGAGCUCCUCGAUAAACUGGAUGGCCCGGUUAUAUUUCUGGGUGACUUCAACGCACAUCACCUUGCGUGGGGGUCAUCAUCAUCGAACGCGCUUGGCCGAUUCAUAGCUAACACGACAUUAGACAGGAAUCUUGUGAUUCUCAACAGUGGUUCUCCCACACGCAUCGACCCGGCCACUGGUCAUACUUCGGCAAUCGACGUUACCUUCUGCUCUAAGAGUCUGGCUCCCAAGUUUACAUGGCGAACUCUUUCGGACACCCACAACAGUGACCACUUCCCGAUAACGGUGACCAUACCUGGAUGGUCUAGCACGCGAACCGUGCGACGGAAAUGGCUCUAUGACCGCGCCGACUGGUCGCUGUAUGAACAAAUCACCGCUGAGACAAUCUGCCCAGACAUCGAGUGGAAUGUUGACAGCUUCACGGAGAAGUUGAUAGCAGCAGCUAACACUUCCAUACCACGCACCAGCGGCCGAGUUGGACCAAAAGCGGUACCAUGGUGGUGCCCAGAAGCGAAGACUGCCAUCCGACAGCGACGAAAGUGCUUGCGGGCCUUACGGCGCCUGCAGAGAUUCGAUCCAGAUCAACCCGCAGCGUUGGCUAGUUUUCAGGAAGCUAGAGCAGCAGCACGAAAGGCGAUUAAAGAGGCAAAGGAACAUUCGUGGGAGAAUUUCGUAGCAACAAUCUCUCCGGACAGCUCGACGACAAAACUAUGGCAGACGGUGAACUGUUUGCGUGGCAGCCGGCAACAACGCACCAUAGUAGUCAAGGGAGCGGAUGGUUUCAUAGACAAUCCCGAAGAAGCAGCGGAAGAACUGGCCAGUCACUACAGCGAGAGAUCAGCGACCUCCAGCUACCCUCCAUCUUUCCAGAUGGCGAAGGCAAGAGCGGAACGAGAGUCCAUAGAUUUUUCGCCCAAUACCGAGGAUGUAUACAACACCGACAUCACCCUGAACGAACUUCUGUGGGCUCUCGACAAAGGACGAGGUGCCUCUACAGGACCCGACAUGAUAGGGUAUCCUCUGCUUCAACGCCUGCCCCUGUCCGUGAAAGUGACGCUCCUCGAGCUGCUCAAUAAAAUCUGGAGUAACGGAGAGUUUCCCGCUAGCUGGCGGAAUGCCAUCGUCGUUCCCAUCCCAAAACCUAAUUGUCACGAUACCGGGCCUGCUGCCUUUCGGCCAAUCUCGCUCACCAGCUGCAUGGCAAAGCUGCUAGAGCGGAUCAUCAACCGUCGCCUAAUUACUGAGCUAGAGUUGAAUGGUCGGCUCGACAAACGCCAACACGCGUUUCGUCCCGGGCGGGGCACGGAUACGUACUUUGCUGAGCUGGAGAAAUCGCUUCCAACCGCAGACGAGCACUGUCUGAUAGCUUCACUGGACCUGUCGAAAGCAUACGAUACUACCUGGCGACAUGGAAUAGUUCGCACAUUGAAAAAAUGGCGAAUACGUGGUCGAAUGCUCAACAUCAUACAGAGCUUCCUCUCCGAGCGAACAUUCCAGGUGUCCGUAGGGAGACACUUAUCUCGCGAACAUCCGCUGGAAAACGGAGUACCUCAAGGCUCGGUCCUCUCUGUGACCCUGUUUCUCGUCGCUAUGCAGCCGAUAUUCCAAGUGAUACCGAAAGGAGUUGACAUACUCCUAUACGCGGACGACAUCCUCCUCGCUGUGCGAGGCGCCAGAAGUGACGGGUUAUACCGUAAACUGCAGGCCGCCGUCAAGGCUGCCGAUCACUGGACGAAAAGCGUCGGUUUCGCCAUGUCGGCAACAAAGUCCUUCAUUUUUUACUGCAGCCCGAAUAUACGGAAUGAACCUACAGGAGACAUCACCAUCGAUCAGACUCCCAUUCCGACGACCAACCAGCUGAGGAUUCUGGGUGUAACCUUGGACCGAACCCUCACCUUCAGACCUCACUGCAAGUUGACGAAAAAAGCUUGCGAGGCUCGGUUACGGAUUCUUCGGAUGAUCGGUGCCCAACACUCACGUGGCAAUCGAACAUCUCUGCUGCAGGUUGGAUCAGCAUUAGUCACCUCGAAGUUGCUGUAUGGGAUAGGACUUGUCAGUCGAGGAGGAUCGCCGAAUUUGCAGACUCUUGCCCCUGCUUACAACAAAAUGGUCCGGUUUGCUUCCGGAGCCUUUGUUACCAGUCCAAUAGUCUCGAUCAUGGCCGAGGCAGGGACCCUACCCUUCGAAUUACUUGCAGCUCAAGCCACAGUGCAAACAGCCAUCCGAAUAUAUUCGCAUAACCGGAAUAACGGUACCCUUCCUCUGAUCCAGCGAGCAUCAGACCGGCUGGAAGAACUAACCGGUUCACCUCUUCCUGUUGUCGGCCAACUCACACGGCAGAGUAGUCGUGCAUGGAACGCACGAAAGCCGGCGAUUGUGUGGGAGGUGAAGGAAAAUGUUCGCGCAGGAGAUCCACCUCAGAAAGUUCAUCCGAUCUUUCGGCAAGUACUCGACACUCGUUUCCGCCAUUCGACCGUCAUCUAUACUGACGGAUCCAAGUGUGAAGACACGGUAGGGGCAGCAUUCUACAACGUCGGGAUAGCCCAGAAAUACAGUCUUCCGAAAGAAUGCAGUGUCUUCUCAGCAGAGGCAUACGCCAUUAAAAUGGCACUCUCUGUACCGAAUGUCCGCAACGAAGUGGUGAUCAUGACCGAUUCGGCUAGCUGUCUCCUGGCCUUAGAAGCAGGACAUUCUCGCCACCCGUGGAUACAAGAGAUCGAACAAAUAGUGCAAAACAAAUCCGUUCGUUUCUGCUGGAUUCCGGGGCAUACUGGCAUCAGCGGAAACACGGAGGCGGACCGACUGGCUAACGAGGGCAAAACACAACCUGUCACCAAUAUCCCAAUUCCAGCGGAAGAUGCUGCAAGGGCAGCAAAACAGGCGAUUCGCCUCCGAUGGGAGAGGCAGUGGUUUGAAGCGAGAGACGUGAAGCUGAGGGAGGUCAAACGCGACACGCUUAGGUGGACCGAUCGCGGCAGCCCUGCUGAACAGCGUCAACUUACACGGCUGAGGAUUGGCCAUACACGGCUGACCCACACCUUCUUGCUGAAAAAAGAAGAACCGCCGAACUGCGAAUGUUGCGAUGUAGAGCUGACGGUGCGGCAUAUUAUCCUUGAAUGUAGGAAGUACGAUGGAGAGCGAAGAAAAUACAACAUCGGAAGCAGUCUAUAUGAAGCUCUGGGAAACACCGAUGAACAAGCAAUCCAGUUGCUAAACUUCCUACGUGAAACAAAAUUGAACAACAAAUUGUAG